UUUCGUCAACAACCUCAUGCGCGAGACCGAGACGAGAUGCCCGAGGCGGCUCCUCGUUCAUGUCGUUUGGAUUUUUCUACCACAGUAAAUAAAGAUUUCAGAGCAAGGAUCAACUGAAAAAGAUGCCCACAAAAAUCAAAGGUGAUCGGACUGAUCCCCAAACAAAGCCUAGGAACUUUGAGGAGGAGCUGCGCCAUACUCUGAAGGAGAGGAAGAGACGGGGGCUGACCCACGGGCUGAGUGACACGGCGGAGGAGAGUGACAGCGCUGAUAGCCUGGACACUGGAGCUGCUGGAGACGAUUUUUUGUCCCAGUUUACCUCAACCUCAAAAGGCUUGUCAUCCCAUGCUGGAUCUUCCAAACCUUGGGCUCCCCCACAUGCAAGUCCGCGUCAGCCAUCUGACAGAUCUUCCCCAUCUCCCUCGCCGAGGGGCCUCCCCUCACCCAGGGGCCUUCCAUCGCCUCUACCCCGGGCCAGGACCAAGUCCAUCGACAAAGCUGAGGAUGCUCCCAGGAGGAGACUUUCCUCCUUACCCAACAGACAACAGGAUGACAAAGGAAGUACUCCCCUUCCAAAGCCUCGCUCACGAAGGAACACCAACGACUCUAUUGUUUCCCCAGGCAGGGAAAUGCCACUCCCCAAACCAAGGGAGUCCCCUAGGCUGAAGUCCGAGCAGUCGGAUAAAAAGGGGGGACUGGCUCCCUUGAAGACAACCCCCAGGAGAAUGGAUUCGGAAGAGGAUGAGCCACCUCGAACAAAACCUGGCCGUAAAGCCAGUGAGAGAUCAUCAUCCCCCGAGCCACAACAGAGGACCAAAUCGCCUUCAAUCAUUGAUGACUUACUAGGGGAGGGCUCCAAGACGAGAACACGCAGCAAAUCACCAGAGUCUAAAAGUCAGCAUCGAACCCCGGAGCCAAGGCAGAGGUCAAGAACAUCCACAGCUGGUGGUGAAGGUUCGCCGGUAGGCAGCCGCAAAAAGAGCUCCAGCGGUGCCAAGUCCCCUGAUUCGAAAACCAGAAGGGGAUCAGUGCUGGAUGACCUGCUGGGACAUGGGGAGAAGCCCAAAUCGCGCAGUGCUUCUCCUGAACCUAAAGGACGGAGUAGAUCCCCCUCAGUUUUGGACGAUCUUCUGAAUGGGAGCAGCAGCAAGAAAGGAAAGGAAGAAAAGAAAAAGGUCGAACCAGACUCUGUCCUCGAUGAUCUGCUUGGGAAGUCCAAAAAACCAAAAUCGAGAAGUGGAUCUCCAGAACCAAAGCCCAGGCUCAAAGCAAGGGAUGGUUCUCCUGAACGUGCAGAAAACUCAAGACGAAAGAAGGGAAUCCUAGAUUCAGAUGGGAGCGAUGAUGAUGAACAAUUGGGUAGAGUAAAUAGGAGAAGGAAGUCACCCUCACCCACAAGGGAGGGUCUGGAGGGCAGUAGGAAAUCUUCAAUACGAAAAGGGCUGUUGGAUUCAAUAUCAGAUGAAGAAACGGGAGGGAGAUUGGGCAAGAAGUCCAGAUCGCCAUCACCAAAGGACUUGAAGGAUAUCGGAGGGAGAAAGAGUGUAAAUCAAAAAGGCCUGCUGGACUCAUCGGACGACAAUGCUGACAUCAAGGUGAAAUCAAAGGGCAGGUCCAGAUCACCAUCUCCAAAGGGAUCCAAGGCUGCCAUUCCCUCACCCAAGCCCAGAGGGGCCUCAGUUAAGGCCGAGGCAAAACCGUCAAUGGCUAAGCCAGAACCUAAGAAGCAGGGCUUCAAAGUGGAUGAUUUUCUGGAUUCCGGCUCUGGCGACAGUGACAAUGACAAGAGUGUCGGUGAUGCAGCCAGAAAGACAUCUCUGCUGGAUGCCCUCGAAGGUCAGCAGAGACCCAAGAGCAAGAAGAAGAAAAAAUCGGCCAAGAAUUUCUUAGAGGAUAGCGAGGAUGAUGACACCGACUCUGAUGAUGAAGAAGUCUUCAGGAAAAGCAAAUCCAAGAGGAAACCACCUGUUAUCACAGGAAGGAGGCCUAAGGAGGGCUACCAGAGUGCUGGUGAAGACGACAGUGGAAAGCAGAAAACUGGGAUAACCAUCGCCAAGCCCACGGCAAGACAACCCACAUCUACUGAGGGAGGCAGUGCGGUGGGGAGCCGAGGCUCUCUGAACUCCAGCCUGAAUAGCAGCAUGAAUGUAGAGGACUCGGCCAGCAUCCGGCAGGCCAUCUACGAGGAGUGGAGGGCCCAGAAGCAGCAGGCGGCCGAGAAGCAGGCCCGGGAGAAGAGGAGACGGGAGAAGGAAGAAAAAAAGAAGAAGGAGCAGGAGACUCGAGAGAAGCGGGCAGAGUCCGCUGCCUCCUUCAAUGCCUGGAAGGAGAACAAGAAAGAGGGCCUGAAGAAGAAGGCCCGGGAGGAGGCACAGAAGAAGAGGAAGGAGAAAGAAGCGGAGGAAGACAAGAUGAUGAAGACGAUUACUGCCAAGAAGGCAUUUGAGGCUUGGAAGUCAGACAAGGAUGAUCAGCUCAAGGAGAAACACAGGGAGAAAACCCGCAGCGAGCGUGAGAGGAUGCACAGCGUCGAGGAGGAGAAGGAAUUCAAGGCCAGGAGUGCCCAGUCCGCUUACAAAUCUUGGAAAAGUACCAAGGACGAUCGCAUCCUCAAGGAGCGCAAGGACAAGAAGACUGCCGAGGAGGAGAAGCGGCGUGAAGAGGAGCAAGCCAAGGCCAACAAGGAGGUGGGGAGCAUCAAGGCUUACCAGCAGUGGGAGAGGACGAUUGAGGAGCGUAAGGCUAAGGAGAAGAAACGCCUGGCCCAGACGCAGCCCAUAUCCUCCAUGCCCUUCCGGCCUUGCAGUAACACCGUCCCGUACAGGAGAUAGCUCUCUUCACUGAUUGGAGGAAAAGGGUCUGAUCAGAAGAUCUCAAGUUACCGCGUGACCACGUGGUUUCCCCAGGGUUGGCCACCGUUCCAGUGGGCAAGUGUUUAGUUAGCAACUAGACACUGCACACUAGACAGAGAGGCUUUUUUUCAGGUGAAAUAAACCGUGAAUUCUUCUUCAGGCAGCAUAAUGGUCAUCACCUUUCCAAUUGACAGUUACCACCAUCAUGGGGAUCUGGUCGGUAGCUCUGUUUUCUCAUUAUGUUGGCUAUUUACCAGUGUUUUGAAGGCUUUCUACGUAAAUACCACUGUGCAUAGUGUUGUAGUGUUGCCGAUGAUGAUGACAGACAGUGCCCUGUUGUGGCAUAGUCUUUGACCCCUGCCCCGUCAGGGUAGUUAUUCGUUGGUCAGACGGGACGCAAAUUGAUGAAACUGCAAAUGCCCACUGAGAACUAGCAACAAGUGAUGUACACCGAGUGACUUUUUGGCCAGUAAUCUGUUUUAGGCAAAGGAAAUAUUUUAUUUGCGUAGCAAAUUUCACUGUUGAGCACAUGGAUAAAGUUGGUCCAGAUACGUCAAUACUCCUGGGUCCAAGACUGGCUGAUUAAUGUAUUUUGAUAGUGAUGACCUCAACUAUUGCGUCAAACUUAAGUUUACACAUAACUAGGGGUGCACAGACACGGGUAGGUCUUAUCUGCGGCAUCAGAGCUUAUUUUAGGGUAACUAAUCUUUAUGUGAGAUUUUAUCACGAGUGAUCUGUGCUGCCAGAUGCAAUAUUGUAAGGACAAUGAAACUCGGUCGUAAGUCGCACACCCUUACAUGCAUGCACCCUUCACUGGGUGCUUCACUUUUGUCACUCAGAGUGCACCGUCAUGUAAAUUCAAGCAAUGUAAAUUAUUACACAGGGCCAAUUUACAGACAUAGAAACCAAGGCAGAUAGUGUAUGAUUCUCUACAUACAUCAACUUUUCUGACUGAUUUCAGUUUUUACAAGUACUGUGGCUGAACCUUUGGCUGAAAAAGUACUGAUAUUUAAAAUGACAGAGUAGUGGAUAUUUCUCAGGCUGAAUUUCCAUCUUUACGUUAGUAUUUAAGCCUUUCAACCCCUAAUUUCCAUGCAUGCAAACCUUACCUGUAACUGUGUUUAUGGUUUGGGGCACGAGUGCAAUAGAUGCGUUGGCGCAUGAGGUAAAUCAAUAGGAGAUGCCGUCCUUCCAAGAAUUGUCAGCGUUAUUUGAAUAAGUACUUGUCAUGUGACGCAGAGUGCAUAGGUGACAUCUGUGUGUGCAUGAAGUUGUCAAUUUUAAGAUAUUAAAUUGCCCAACAAGGACUUGCUAAGGAUGUAGCAUUGACAGAGUCGGGUAGUUUGUUGGCAAAACCUUGUACAUGACCCUUGAGUUGAAACUCAAAUCUAGUACUUUUUUUACAAAAUGAUCCACUUUCCAAGAAAUGUCACGAUUGUAGUUUGGAAAGAGCUUUUUAUUCAGUUUUGAAAUGUAUUCUUAUUAAAGCCAUUUUCAGUACAACUUUUAGGUUUAAAAAAAAAGCUCAGGUUUGACUACAUGUGAUUUUAAAACACCACUCCAAUCCUCAAGUUGGCCAAGUAACUUUACUGUAAACAGGCUUAAAAGUAAAAGAAGAAAUUAGAAAUAAAUGUAUUGACAAAUGUAA